AUAAUUUAUCCAUCCUUACAUCCAUUGCUGAUUGCAGGACUAUAAAGGAAACUCCUUCGUCAUUUAUGGAGGAUAAAGAAAUUAUAAUUGAAUUAAAUUAGUACAACAUUUUAGACGAAAAUGUCUGUUAACGUGGCCGGUAUUAUAGCUAUAGUUGUCUUCUAUCUUCUUAUUCUUCUUGUUGGAUUAUGGGCUGCUAGAAAAUCUAAGGGAGCAGGAACAUCUGACGAUGGUACGACAGAGAGUGAGGACGUUAUGUUGGCAGGGAGAAAUAUUGGAAUGCUUGUUGGAGUGUUCACAAUGACUGGUAAGUGGAAGUUAUUAGAUGGUUUAUUUUCCACUUGCUGCCUUCAGGCGUGUUAUAACUUACUACAUAGAGCAUUUUUUUAAAAAAACUCACUCUAUCAUUUAUCUUUUAUCUAUUUUAUAACUAUAACGUCUCUCUAAAUGCUAACGCCAUCUUUUAGCCACCUGGGUUGGAGGAGGUUAUAUCAACGGAACCUCCGAAAUAAUUUACAAUUCUGGCUUGGUGUGGUGUCAGGCCCCGUUUGGUUAUGCUAUAAGUCUCGUUUUCGGCGGACUGUUCUUUGCUAGCAAGAUGAGAACUGAGGGAUACGUAACCAUGUUGGAUCCAUUUCAAAGAAAGUAUGGUGAAAGAAUGGGUGGUCUUUUGUAUAUUCCAGCCUUACUUGGUGAGGUCUUUUGGUCUGCAGCCAUCUUAUCCGCUCUCGGAGCAACAUUGUCAGUAAUAAUUCAAAUUAACAAUGAGACAUCAGUUAUCGUCUCAGCCUGUAUUGCUGUUGCGUAUACGCUGUUUGGUGGAUUAUAUUCGGUGGCGUACACCGAUGUAGUUCAGCUAUUCUGCAUCUUUGUAGGUCUAUGGUUGUCUGUUCCAUUCGCAAUGUCAAAUGAACUCACUCAACCAAUAGCCAAUACAACAAGCGCCUGGGUUGGAAAGGUUGAAACUGAAGAUGUUGGCAUGUGGAUUGAUCAGGGCUUAUUAUUGAUAUUUGGAGGUAUACCAUGGCAGGUAUAUUUCCAGAGAGUUUUGUCCUCAAAGAGCGCCUUACGGGCUCAAAUUCUCUCUUACGUUGCUGCUUUUGGAUGCUUGAUUAUGGCUAUUCCAGCUGUUCUUAUAGGAGCAGUAGCCUAUUCCACAGAUUGGAAUAAGACAACUUACGAAGGUACUCUAGUGCCCGGAGAGAGGCAAAUACCGCAAAAUGAUCAAAAAUUGAUUUUACCUCUAGUCCUCCAAUAUCUUUGCCCUAGUUGGGUAUCUUUCAUCGGUCUGGGAGCGAUUAGUGCAGCCGUCAUGUCGUCUGCUGAUUCAUCUAUAUUGUCGGCUUCGUCAAUGUUCGCAAGGAAUGUUUAUAAGUUGAUUUUUAGGCAAAAAGCAUCCGAAAGAGAAAUAAUAUGGGUAAUGAGAGUUUCCAUUUUUGGUGUUGGUGCCCUGGCAACCGUCAUGGGAAUUACUAUUCAAACUAUCUAUGGAUUAUGGUAUUUAUGCGCUGAUUUGGUCUAUGUUGUUCUAUUUCCGCAACUAGUCUCCGUGGUGUAUUUGGAAGGUACAAACACGUACGGUUCAUUGGCAGGAUAUAUAUUUGGUCUAUUCUUCCGUUUAAUGGGCGGUGAAAAAAUUAUCGGUUUAAAACCAGCUAUAAAAUUCCCCGGUUAUAACGAGGACGAUAAUGUGCAAAGAUUCCCUUUUAAAACUUUAUCGAUGCUGCUGUCGUUCCUGUUUAUAAUCGGCGUCUCCUAUCCAACAAAAUUUUUGUUUGAGAAAGGCAUCUUGCCAAAGCACUACGAUGUCUUUCGAUGCGUUGUUAAUAUACCAGAUGAACAUAUAGCAUUAAAGGAGGCAGGUUCAACAGGCGAAAUGUCCUUACUUGGAGUCAAAGGACCAAACGGUGAGAUCAAUCCAGCUUUGAAAUUUUCCAAGGAUGACCUACUCAAUCCUACAGCUCGCAUGCUUGUCAAUAAUGAUCAAAAUGAAACUGUGAGUGACAAACCCCCAACACCCCCACCGCCGUUUAAAGCUGCCGAUUAAAACUAAAAAGUUAUAAAAAAAAAAACAUUAAUAAUAAUGGCAAAUAAUAUCAAUAAUACUAAUAAUUAAUUAUAAUUGUAAACACAAUAAUUAAUAUUACUGUUAGUAAGUAUAAAGGAAAUUUUAACCAUUUGUAACGUAUAUGCAAACAAUAUAUGUUACAUAGCUGAUAGCGA